AUGAGACUCCACUGCAUACUCAGCGUACUCGCCCUGGUAUCCAGCCGAGCGGUCUUCGUAGGUGCGGCCGUGCCCCCGAUCCGCCAGGACCAGUCCACUCAACACCCUCUUUCCGCCCCGAUUCAACAUCGACCUUUGGUGAUAUGGCAUGGGCUGGGUGAUACAGCCCUCUCAGAGGGUAUAGCGGGCUUUAUCGAGGAUAUCAAGGCGCAGUAUCCUGGGAUCUUUGUGUAUUCCGUUCAGAUUCCAAAGGGGGGUAGUCUGGACGCAGAGCGGAAGGCGGGCUUCUUUGGGAAGAUGGAGGAACAAGUCCAGGAUGGAUGUGAGCAGCUUGGAGGUAUACCUGAGCUGGCGGGCGGAUUUGACGCAAUGGGCUUCUCCCAAGGAGGGCUAUAUCUCCGCUCCUACGCUCAGUUCUGUAAUGACCCGCCAGUCCGAAACCUCAUCACUUUCGGAACACCCCAUUAUGGUAUCUCUGCCCUCCUCCCCUGCCCCACACCCCCGACGCUCCAAUGCCGCCUCGCGGCCCGUGCUGCCCAAUCCGGGAUAUACACCCAAUGGGCACAAAAUCAUCUCGUCCAGGCCCAGUAUUUCCGGGACGUCGAGCGAUUGGCAGAGUAUGGGGAAGUCAAUACUUUCCUCACGCGGCUGAAUAAUGAGACGUUGCCGACACCGAAGUCGGAACGGAGCGAUGCCCAGUCAUCAGCUUUGGUCUCGCAAACCAAAGGUAAAGGGACUGGAAGGUUAGAGGGUCUGGAGAACUUUGUGGCGAUGAUGUUUGACGCAGACAAAACAGUGUCUCCCGCCCAAUCCGCCCAUUUCUGGACAUACACCCCAGGAAACAAGACCCUCCUCCUCCCGCUCGCAUCUCAGCCUCUGUACACUCAGGACUGGAUCGGUCUGAGGGACCUGGACGAGCGGGGUCGGCUCCACCUCGGGCAUUGUGUAGGCGAGCAUAUGGACUUGGAUAGUGGGGGUUGUGCGCAGGGGGUGGUGGACAAGUGGGUUGGGGGGCGAGUGUAA